GCUGAUUCUAUGAUUCUGUGAAUUCUCCCCUCAGGAGGACACCAUCUCCAUCAACCACAACUGGGUGAACGGCUGCAACGUGGCCAUCAUGUGGUGCUUCCUGCAGGAUGAACUGGCAGCUGUCCAGAGGGAGAUCAACCAGUGGAAGGAUCCUAUGGAUGAUUGGCACCUCCAAUGCCAGUUGAUCAUGAAGUCCUGCACGGGCAUCGACUACAAGGAGUUCUACAACUUCCUCAAAGUCAUCGCAGAGAACAGGAUUUCCGUCUUGGAAAAGGGCCUGGAUGACGAGGCUUUGGCCAAGAACACUUCCAAAGCUGCCAUUUCCACCUUGGGAAUGCUCCACGCCGUGUUUGACCUCAAGAGGACGGUGAAGGUCUUGACGUCGCUGAGCGCCAACGAGGAUUUCAAGAAGCUGGAUCUGACCUCCCUCUCCCCCCCUCCCGAGGCUUUGCUGCACCACCUCAAAGCUGCCAUAGACACAGCCCUGCUCUGACUUCCCAUUCCCUGGGUUUUUUUGGGGAAAACCCGACCUUUCCCAAAGGCUUUGGAGAAGGUUCCUCCUCCCCCCGGUCACCAGCUGAAGUACAAAGAGCUUCGCUACCUUUGGGAGUCAUUGGAGGAGGGGGAAAAAAACGAUCCCAGAGAAAGGAAAACCCCCCCAAAUCUUGGCAGGAUUUUAUUCCCAAUCAGGGAAAGGGGACAGAAGUUCCCCAUGGAUAACCAAAUUCCCUGUGCUUCCAGAGCAAAGCUGCACUUAAGCUCUGCUUUGUCUCCUCACGGCUCCACGAUUUGAAGACUUCCAGGUGAAGCUCAGCUCAUCUUUUCCUUCUUUUUUUUUUAGGGAAUUUGAGCUGGUUUGCUUCCAUGGAAGCCUGAGCUGGAGCCUGGAAGUGCUGGCUCUACUUGUGUCCUCCAAAGCUGGAAUUCUCAGGUGGAAUCAGCCCUCCAACAGCUCCAGGAUUAAAUUUAACAUCCUAAUUAAGCCACUUGGAGCCCUGAUUGCAAUUAGAGCACUAUUAAUUAAGCAUGUGACCCCCCCCCUCCCCUUUUCCCCCCAAGCUGAAAAGGAGGAAUUGGAAUGCACUCCCAACAUUCCCACACACAAUUCCAAGGCACAGCAGGGAUUUCUUGGAUCAGGGAAGUCAGCCAGGAGCCUCCUCUCAGCUGCUCCAGCGUGGUGGGCACACACCAACCAGCCCUUUUGCAUGGUUCCAACAGCACAAUUCCCAACUGGAAUGCCCAAAUAUUCCCAGGGAAAACCUCCCUCUUGCUCUUCCAGAGAAGCACAAAUGGCUGCACACUGUUACCUUCUUAGGGCUCACUUGAAUUCUUGCUCAAGAACUUCCUCGAUUUUUUUUUUUCCCCAGAAAAAGCAGCUACAAACUGUAUUUUUAGGAAGUGCAACAGCAGAAAACCCAGAGUAGGCUGAGAAUUCCCUUGUUUUCUAGAGAAUUCCAUGGGUUUGUACUCGCAUGCACUUUUUGCAUGUCCUUUUUCUAGUAGGAAAACAAAAAAAUCUGCAUUUUCGAGUAGCAAGUGGUACCUGGAAUGAAAAAAAUCCUCACCCAGAGCAUGGAAAAAAAGUGGAGAAAACAGGAUUAUUUUAAUUUUUUUUCUGGAUUAAACCAUCCCAGUGCUCCAACCUUCUGGCAGGAGGUUGGAAAAUCGUGGAGUUUGAAGCAGAUCCACAAUUCCAAUUUCACAGCUGGUCCUUUAGGGCUCUUUCCAUUCUCCAAAAAACUCCAGCUGGAGUUUUCCCUCCUUUUUAAUGAAGAAAAGGGACGUUUCCCAAAGGUGAGGGACAAAGAUUCCGAGCUGCCAAUCCCGUGGUUUGGUAGGAAAAGCAGGUUUUUGGGCCUUGCAUUCCUGCAUGUUGUGACCCUGGUGGUUAAACCACAUAAAAUGAGAUUUAUGGAUCCAGAUUUGCACUUGGAAUCCCUUCAUUCCCAGGAAUGAGCAAGGCAGGAAAGGAGCCACGUGUUUCCUAAAAAAUCAAUGAAUCCAAGCAAAGCCUUGAAGGCAGCAAAGAGAUUUUUAGGAAUAAGGAGCAGGGAAGCCUGGAAUCUCCCUUCAAAUUUCCAACCAGCUUUAUUUAUUUAAAUACAAAGUUCCUGGAAAGCAUCCAGUAGGAGACUCCUCAUCCCAAUAUAUUAAUUCUUGUAAUCAGUGUUAUUAUUUAUUUAUUAAAGCAUAAAUCCAUGUGAGAAA